AUGGGUGUGUCACACAUAGACAGGAAAAAAGUGAAAUGCUUAAAAACAACAAAUCGUGAUCUGAUAGACAAUGGUCAGCUGAAAGACAUUGAUCACAAAGAGAAUACAAACAUGAACAAACUACAUGUAGUAAUUUUGAUUGGAGCAAUAACAUUCUCUUCAGGGUCUUACUUAACGAAAAGAAACAGACGUUGUGGCAGCGAAUGUAUCAGGGAUGAACAUUGCGACCAGGGUUCCGUAUGUGAACGAACAACUGAUGCAUGUAGAAGGUAUAUCUGUGUUAAAAAGUUUCUACAAGUACCACAAGUUAUUGAUUCAGUGCCACAUAUCGAUACUGUAGACAAACUACCUUUGCGAGGAGAUGUGUAUGUAAACAAUGAUAAAACAACACCAGUCUCUUCAUUAGACUUACCUCAUCCUAUAUCACCUCUCGGCCAUUCUGACAUUGUUCAGAAUGGUAAUAAGCCUUGGUUAAUUGAUCCAAACUCUAGUACAUUAACCAAGAUCGUAAAUUCUAAUGUAGGAUCUGAUGAUACGAUCAAUACUCUGACAGGUUCGAAGAAUGUUGAUUUACUUCAAAUUUGUAUAAACAAUUGUUUGAUGCGAACUACAUGUCUACAAGGAACGGACUGUAGUCUUCGUUGUAAGACAUCAUGCCUUCAUGAGCUGUCAAAUAUAAACUUAAAUCCUUCAUUACCAAAAGGUUCAAUUGUUCCACUUGAACUAGGGCCAAACGGCGAAAUCCUCCAAGCAGGUACAAAAAUUGAGAUUCCUGGUAAUACGAAAACAGAAUUUUUAUCGGUUAAUCAACAAGGUGGAAUAAAUCCGGGACAAAACGAAAUGGUAUCUUCAGGCAAACCGAUAGAUUCAUACGUUUCGAGUGAUUCACUAAGGCAUAAAAAAGAAGAGCAUCCCAUCAAAUUAAUCAACGAUUAUUCACUAACCGACUCAUCAGGAAACAAACAAGUAGUGGCCCCUGUUCAAUCCGUCGAUACAUAUGUUCCAAACGAUUCAACAGGACAUAAAGAAGAAGUCCCUUUCGUCAAGUCCAUUGACAAUUAUGUUCCGAAUGAAUCACAAGAUCAUAAAGUAGUAAUGAACAGAUUUACAAACGUUAUAACAUCGGAUAAACGUGGCGGAGGCUUCGUAGACAGAAAUGGCCAAGUGCAACCAAUUGAUCCAGUAUCUCUAGAAAAACAAACCAAUAUCUAUGAUCCAAAAGAUUCUACUGGUAAGAAGGAAGUCCCACAACCCAAUCCUAGUCUGAAAGGUGACCACACUGUACUUAUUGAUCCAAACUUUGGUACAAUUACAAAAUUCGAAACCUCUAACGGAGGGUUUGUAAAUGAUAUGGAUAAUCUCUCAGAUCAAAACAAUGCAGGUCUACUUAAAAUUUGUAUUGACAAUUGUGUGGAAACUUCUCGAUGCUUACAAAAUGAUUGUCGUCUCGGUUGUCAGAAAUUAUGCCUCAACGAAUUGCCACUCAUUAAUGUUAGACCUUCUCUUCCUGAAGUUCAAGAUGUUUUUCGUCCACAAGAUCAAAUGAAUCAAAUUAUGCAAGUUGGAACAGGAAGGGAAAUUGUUGGUGAACUUAAUACAGAUAUGGUAUCCGUAAAUAAAGAAACUGGUAUUCAGACAAUCAGAAGAGAAAUCGUACUUCCAGGGAAACCAAUCGAUACCUACGUACAAAAAGAAGUAGUUGGUGGACGUGGUGGAGAUCUUAUACACAAAAGUCAAAUACAACAAAUAGAUAACUUUUCACCGGUACAGCCAAUUGACGACUACAUUCCCAAAGAUUUAUCUGUAAAUUCUAAUGUAGGAUCUGAUGGUACAGUCGGUACGUUGUCAACUUCCAAGAAUAUUGGUGUACUUCAAAUCUGUAUUGACAAUUGUUUAGCGCGAAUAACAUGUCAACAAGGAACUGACUGUAUUCUUCGUUGUAAGAACUUAUGUCUUAAUGAGCUCCUAAAUAAUGAAUUUACUCCUUCGCUACCAAAAGGCAUACACGGAGACCAGACUAUACUUAUCGAUCCUAAUUCUGGUACACUUACAAGCAUAUUUAAAUCACCAGUUGACCAACCAUCUCCACUGAAACCGAUCGAUGCAUACGUUCAAAAUAAUUUACCGGGACACAAAGAAGUAGUCGCUCCUGUUAAAUCAACCGAUACAUAUGUUCAAGGCAACCUGAAAAAGCAAUAUGGGGUAAAACCUGUCUUUAAACCUUUUGAAUCAACAAAUCAAAACGACUUACCAGAACAUACAGAGGUAGUGAAUAGACUAACACAAGUUAGAACAUCUAACGGACAAGGUAUAGGACUUGAACAUAACAGACACUUACAACCAAUCGAUAAUUUUUCACCGGUACAGCCAAUUGACGACUACAUUCCCAAAGAUUUAUCUGUAAAUUCUAAUGUAGGAUCUGAUGGUACCGUCGGUACGUUGUCAACUUCCAAGAAUGUUGGUGUACUUCAAAUUUGUAUUGACAAUUGUUUAGCGCGAAUAUUAUGUCUACAAGGAACUGACUGUAUUCUUCGUUGUAAGAACUUAUGUCUUAAUGAGCUUCAAAAUAAUGAGUUACCUCCUUUGCUACCAAAAGGCUCCAUCGUUCCAUUUGUACGAGGACCUAACUCUGAAAUCCUACAUGCAGGAGAAAAUGAAGUCUUAACAUCUAAUUCAGAAAACAAGAACAAAACAGUAACCUCCCCCGAAAUCUUCCCCUUAUCAAAAACUUAA